GGGAAUAUAGGGCUGUUGCAGGGGCUUGUGCAGGGAAUAAUGAGUCCCCUUUUUAGGUAAUCUUGUAUAAUAGGGGCAGUUCCAUUUAUGGCUUCCUGUCGUAGAGGGUAUUAAGGUUGGGUACAGGUUUCUUUGGGUUUAUCUCUGCCUUUAUUGGAGUGGCUGAGAAUAUUUUCCCUUUAUCUGUAUUUGAUUGAGACCGUAAGUGGGAGGGGACAUCCUUGAGCCAGCGCUCAUCUUCUGGUGUUAACAGGAAGACUGGGGAAGUGAAAAGGAGUUUUAUUGUUUCCUGCUCUUUAUUCCAGUACUUUCUCUUCUCCCCUAAUAUUUCCUUCUGUGUCUCUGUUUCAUUUGCCCGGCCACAAGAUGACGUUUUAACAUUACUAGCAUUAAAUUGUGGUACACUGUCAGGACAUUUUAUUAUUUGGUAUUUUUGGUCUCCUGACCCCAAUUCUAAAAAAAGUUCACCUUUUGAUGAAAAAGAGAUAUGGCAUUCUGGAUGUUGAGGAGAUCACAGCCCAAAAGACUGACAGGGGCCCCAGGGCAUAUAAGAGACAUAUGGGACCUACUGAGCGUGUCACACAUAGAGCCUGUGGUGAGGGAGCUGAACCCGAUGAAACGAAUUUAAGCCAGGAAGAAGCAGCAUUCUGCCUUCUGGAUUAAAACUGAAGAUCAACCUACUUUCAACUUACUAAGAAAGGGGAUCAUGGACAUUGAAGCAUAUCUUGAAAGAAUUGGCUAUAAGAAGUCACGGAACAAAUUGGACUUGGAAACAUUAACUGACAUUCUUCAGCACCAGAUCCGAGCUGUUCCCUUUGAGAACCUUAACAUCCAUUGUGGGGAAGCCAUGGACUUGGGUUUAGAGGCCAUUUUUGAUCAAAUUGUGAGAAGAAAUCGGGGUGGGUGGUGUCUCCAGGUCAAUCAUCUUCUGUACUGGGCUCUGACCACAAUCGGUUUUGAGACCACAAUGUUGGGAGGGUAUGUUUAUAGCACUCCAGCCAAAAAAUACAGCACUGGUAUGAUUCACCUUCUCCUGCAGGUGACCAUUGAUGGCAAGAACUACAUUGUCGAUGCUGGGUUUGGACGCUCAUAUCAGAUAUGGCAGCCUCUUGAGUUAAUUUCUGGGAAGGAUCAACCUCAGGUACCUUGCAUCUUCCGUUUGACGGAAGAGAAUGGAUUCUGGUAUCUAGACCAAAUCAGAAGAGACCAGUACAUUCCAAAUGAAGAAUUUCUUAAUUCUGAUCUCAUAGAAAGCAGCAAAUACCGAAAAAUCUACUCCUUUACUCUUGAGCCUCGAACAAUUGAAGAUUUUGAGUCUAUGAAUACAUACUUGCAGACAUCUCCAGCAUCUGUAUUUACUAGCAAAUCAUUUUGUUCCUUGCAGACCCCAGAUGGGGUUCACUGUUUAGUGGGCUUCACCCUCACCUAUAGGAGAUUCAAUUAUAAGGACAAUACAGAUCUGAUAGAGUUCAAGACUCUGAAUGAGGAAGAGAUAGAAAAAGCACUGAAAAAUAUUUUUAAUAUUUCCUUGGAGGGAAAGCUUGUGCCCAAACAUGGUGAUAGAUUUUUUACUAUUUAGAAUAAGGAGUAAAACAAACUUGUGUAUUUAUUACCUAGCUCACCAGUUAUCAACUGAUGACCCAUCAGUUGAUAACUGAUGAGGGUAUCUUUUGUACCCUUACAUUAUUUUAAAGAAAAUCCUAGACAUCAAAUAAUUUCACCCAUAAAAAUUUCAGCAUAUAUAAUUAAACAGCUUUUUAAAGAAACAUAACCACAAACCUUUUGAAAUAAUAAUAAUAAAGGUAUUUUAAAGAUGGCCUUUGGUUAUCUUGGCAAUCAGUGAUUUAUGCUAGAAAGCUUUUAAUGUUGGUUUAUUGUUGAAUUCCUAGAAAAGUUUUAUUGGUAGAUGAGUAAAUAGAAUAUUGUGAAAAAACUUAUUGUUUAUAAAGUAUAUUAAAACACUGUUGGCUAAUAUAAUUUGAAUUAAUUUUUUUUGAAGACUUA